UAGUGAAGCUUCAUCAAACCAACAAGAAUGAUUUUAAAGCUUUAAUCCUUGAAAAACUGUUCUUCAGGAGUGUUUGGUUAUACCGUGAUUGUGGAUAAAGGAUAUUCAGUCACUCUAGACUCUGAUCUUACUGAAAUGAAGGAUGAUGAUGUGAUUCAGUGGAGGUUUGAAAACACUUUAAUAGCUGAAAUCAAUGUAACGGCCGACAGAUUCACUGUAUAUGAUGAUGUUCUUGAUGGGAGAUUCAGAGACAGACUGAAGCUGGACGAUCAAACUGGAUCUCUGACCAUCACAAACACCAGAACUGAACAUGAAGGAGAUUAUGAACUACAGAUCAACAGUGUGAGAAAGAGAUUCUUUCUCACUGUCUUUGACACAGUUAAAAUAUCAGUGAAGGAGGGAGAUUCAGUCACUCUAAACUCUGAUCUUACUGAAAUAAAGGAUGAUGAUGAGAUUCAGUGGUUUAAAAACACUGUAAUAGCUGAAAUCAAUAAACGGAAGAACAGCUUCACUGUAUAUGAUGAUGUUCUUGAUGAGAGAUUCAGAAACAGACUGAAACUGGACAAACAAACUGGAUCUCUGACCAUCACAAACACCAGAACCAAACAUACUGGAGAAUAUGAACUAAAGAUCAACAGAGUGAGAAAAAGGUUUUUUCUCAUUGUCAUUGAUGAAGUGAAGGAAGUGUCAGUGAAGGAGGGAGAUUCAGUCACUCUAAACUCUGAUCUUAUAGAUGGUGGGAAUUUGUGGUUUUUUACAAACACUUUAAUAGCUCUCACCAGUAAACGGUUCAACAGCUUCACUGUAUAUGAUGAUGUUCUUGAUGGGAGAUUCAGAGACAGGCUGGAGAUGGACAAUCAAACUGGAUGUCUAAUCAUCACAAACAUCACAACUGAACAUGAUGGAGUUUAUGACCUAGUGAUAUUUUCACCAGCAUUAUUAUCAUCUGAAACAUUCAGAGUUUCUGUCUAUAACUCUGUCCACUGUUGUGGUCCUACUGAAGCUGUGAUCCGAUUGGUCCUCUCUGCUCUGGUGGGCGUGGCUACUGUCAUUAUUCUGGUUUAUGACAUCAGAUCCAGAAGAGCUGAACGAGAUCAAGAACAGAUUCACACAUCAGGAAACUAAAUGAUGUAAUUUCUCAUAACUAUUUCAAUCAUUCAUUUAUUUUAUUGGCUUUAUAUUCAUCUGCUGGUAUCGAUGUUCAUUUAUUGGCGACUCAUUUCCACCAUUAAUGCUCAAAAUAUCAAAUGCAAAUGUUUGUAAGGAUAAAUAUACUGAAGAUACCAAAGAUUGCGUUGCUCAUGCAAGAUUAGUUAAUAUAACAUGCUUUCCAUGAUUUUUUUUUUUUUAACAUGCUAAUCUUUCAUAUUAAAUUGUAAUCUUUAAACACUUAAAGGAUCUUGUGUGUCUUUCAGGGUUAUUAUUGUUCAGUCAGAGCUGGUUAAUGGUGUUCAGAUCAGACGUCUCUAAUAGUAAUAAUGAAGCUCCUCUACUGGCUGAAUAUAAACACACUGAAAUUAAAUAUAUACAGUGGGUACGGAAAGUAUUUAGACCCCCUUAAAUUUUUCACUCUUUGUUAUAUUGCAGCCAUUUGCUAAAAUCAUUUAAGUUCA